UAUAACUUUGAUACGAAAAAUUUCAUCGGGUUCAGUUUUCGGUAUAUUUCGGUGUUCUGUUUUAGGUGGAACAUCCUGUAUAUUGUGUAUCUUCCUGAUACUAUAUUUUUAUAAUGAUCAAACAUGUGUUAAAUGUACACACAUCAUUAGUUUAGAAAUCUUUUGUUUACUGGAAACAAAAUGAGUUUUGCAAAGCAUUCAUACAGCCCAUUUUAUGAUUUUUGAAAACUUUCCUGGAGCUUUCUCAAGCUUUCCUGAAUAAACACAUUUUCUUUUAUAAAUACGUGGAUCUUCAAGAUAAUAAUUGUACAGGUUUUAAAGGUGUCCGUUCAGGGCCAAAAUUAGCCAUUUUUAUACUUUCUCUUUUGUAUAAAGGCUGGUAUAUAAUCCAUUUUUAUUGUAAGACAGUUUUCAAAUAAUGUCUUAAGAGAGAGACACUAAUACAGUCCUCUAAUUGGUCCGUGACAUCUUGAAACAUCUGAAGAUAGUAUUAAAUAUAAGAAUCGACUAUGAAUACUGACCAAAGAGUGGACGUAGAAGAUAGAAAACGAGGGAUGAAAGAACGGUGGAGAAUGAAGGAAUGGCGGUAGCUAGCGAAGGUAGGUAGCCGUGGACGCGCAUCUCGCGCAUGCUGCUUCGAUGAAGACGAGAGACGAGGAUAAACGUAAGGGUGGAUACUGGACUGAAAGAGAAAGAACGAGAGAAGGAGAAUGGGUUGUAAGAGAGGGUAAGGGAGUUAGGAAGAGGGAGAAACAGAAACAGAAUAUGAGAGGGAGAGAAAGAAAGAUUGCCCUGGUGGCAACAUCUAGUCGUGGUCACCGUGUGAAAGGUGAAUAUCGUGCUAAUAAUCCAAUUCGGUUCUCUCGAUACUUCGUUCUUUCAAUUAAAAUAUCUACCAUUUUUUUGAGUUGCUGAGCUAACGAUUCUGCCUGAGUGAGUGUGAGAAACGAGAGCAGGACAUUCUCAAGAUGACGAACGCGGAUGACAGUGCACAGGGAGAUGCGACAACAUGCGGGAAUAUCUUGGUGAUAUUAUCGUGGAUUGUUGUAAUAUUGACAAUGCCGUUCUCUCUCUUUGUUUGUUUCAAGGUUGUACAGGAGUAUGAAAGAGCUGUCAUAUUUCGAUUAGGACGUCUUCUAUCAGGCGGUGCUAAAGGUCCCGGUCAUGGGAGGGGGAAAUGCAUCACAGAUAUGGUUCGAGGGGCAAGGGAGGGAGCAAGUGCGUCGUUUGGCGAGGGAUCUACGAAAAGAAGUUUAUUCUUUCACUCUCCCACACAUUCUGUUCCCAAUCCAUUGUCUUGCUUUGCAUUCAUUGAAGUGUGCAGUUCUCUCUCCCACUCUUUACGGUUCUCUAUACUUACCAUCUUAUUCAUGUUCUCUUUUUUUUCGCUGUGGUCUACAUUUACUAUACAGGAUGUUUGAGAAUUCGGAUAUGGAUUGCACAGUGUGAUUGUAUGUGCCAAAAGAAGUAACUUUUUUCUCUGGCAAAACGAGAGCAAUUUUAAGUUAACAAAUGAGCGUUCCACGUUACGCAUAGAACAGGAGCGGCACGCACACACAUGGCACGACUCUGCGUAUGAAUAUGUAUC